GGGGAGAAGCCCCACAGAACCAAGGAUUGCGCCGCGCACAGGGACGGUGCGCUGCGGGCCCAGAGGUGAGAGGCCAGAGCAGCACCCCGGACAGCGCCAAAACGCGCGCUCCCGGAACCGGGAGGCGGGGAGAGGUGACCUCAUCAGCUGACCGAGUUACGUAGUGCUCCAUAAAGCAGUCUGGGUGGGCGCGCCAACGUUUGCUCUGAUCCGCAGCCCCAGACGGAGCGGGGAGGUUGGACUGCGCAAAGCGAAGGGCAGGUACCAGAACGCUUGGCUUCCCAGCACUGCGCUGAGGCUGCAGGCGGCCGCCUGGGUAGGGGCAGGUAGGGAAGCAACGCUGCGAGAGCUACCGCUCUGACGCACCAGCCCUUCUGGCGCUCACACGCUGCGGGGCUGCUCUGCCCUGCUCAGGCGGACGUGGGAGCGAUCAGACCGCUGUCUCCUCCAGGUGAGGAGUCCUGAGACAGUUGACAGCCUGGGCUGGCCGCGAGUCCAGCUCCUCGCCUCUGCUUUCCUAGCCUCCGAGGGCUCCGACGUUAACGCGGCUUAUAGCCCAGGGAGCGCCCUCCUCUCCACCACACUGUCUCCCGGGUUCCCUCACCGGUGGGAGGCUGAAGACAAAUUCGCAGGUGCUUCCCAGAAACCCCGCCGCUGGCCCGAGGGUGCAAACAUCUGGAUUGGCUCCGGGCGCUGCUUUCAUCUUAAGUCCUCCUGAAUGUCCCUUCUGCACACACCCCGAGCCGGCUCCUAAUCCAGAGAUGGAUUUGGCAGUGAACUUCACUUCCUUUUCCCACUUGACUUCCUCUCCUCUGGAGACCAACGGCAGCCUUGGCACAGAAGACCUGCUGCGCCCCAGCCCGCACCUGCUCUCUGUCUUCGGUGUGCUUGUUCUGACCUUGCUGGGCUUUCUGGUGGCGGCUACGUUCGCGUGGAACCUGCUGGUGCUGGCGACCAUCCUGCGUGUCCGCACCUUCCACCGCGUGCCACACAACCUGGUGGCGUCCAUGGCCGUCUCGGAUGUGCUGGUGGCCGCGCUGGUCAUGCCUCUCAGCCUGGUGCAUGAGCUGUCUGGGCGUCGCUGGCAGCUGGGCCGGCGGCUGUGCCAGCUGUGGAUCGCGUGCGAUGUGCUGUGCUGCACCGCCAGCAUCUGGAACGUAACGGCCAUCGCCCUGGACCGCUACUGGUCCAUCACCCGCCACCUGGAGUACACGCUCCGCGCUCGACAGCGCAUCUCCAACGUGAUGAUCACGCUCACCUGGGCGCUGUCCGCUGUCAUUUCGCUGGCCCCGCUGCUUUUCGGCUGGGGGGAGACGUACUCUGAGGGCAGCGAGGAGUGUCAGGUCAGCCGCGAGCCCUCCUACGCCGUGUUCUCCACGGUGGGCGCCUUCUACCUGCCGCUCUGCGUGGUGCUGUUCGUCUACUGGAAGAUCUACAAGGCUGCCAAGUUCCGCGUGGGCUCCAGGAAGACCAACAGCGUCUCGCCUGUAUCUGAAGCUGUGGAGGUGAAAGACUCUACUCUGCAGCCGCAGAUGGUGUUCACGGUCCGCCAUGCCACUGUCACCUUCCAGACUGAAGGGGACUCAUGGAGAGAACAGAAAGAUCAGAGAGCAGCCCUCAUGGUGGGCAUCCUCAUCGGGGUGUUCGUGCUCUGCUGGAUUCCUUUCUUCAUCACGGAGCUCGUCAGUCCCCUCUGCUCCUGUGACAUCCCGGCCAUCUGGAAAAGCAUUUUCCUUUGGCUUGGCUACUCCAACUCCUUUUUUAACCCCCUGAUCUACACAGCCUUCAACAAGAACUACAAUAGUGCCUUCAAGAACUUCUUUUCCAGGCAACACUGAGUAAGAGUCCUUGGGGAGACAAAGGAGCUCUUCCAAAAACUCGAUGAGAUGUCCAAUUUCAUCUGUUUCUACACCCCUACCCAACAGCCGCGUGGAAGAGAUAACUCCUUCAAGUGCCCCAGGAUCACCUUUAGUACUAAACUAGCCCCACUUCUGCACUCCAGUGAAAGAAGACGCGUCUUCACAGGCAGUUUGGUGACUUCACCUGUCUAAUUAUUUACUAUUCCUCACCCUACACUACAGCCACAGAGUUUGCCCACAAAGUGCCCUUUCUUCUGCCAAAGCCACUCCAGGAUGGUUCUAUCUUUUUUAUUUUUUUGACAGGCAGAGUGGACAGUGAGAGAGAGAGAGACAGAGAGAAAGGUCUUCCUUUUGCUGUUGGUUCACCCUCCAAUGGCCGUCGCGGCCGGCGCGCUGUGGCUGGCGCACCGCGCUGAUCCGAAGGCAGGAGCCAGGUGCUUCUCCUGGUCUCCCAUGGGGUGCAGGGCCCAAGUACUUGGGGCAUCCUCCACUGCCUUCCUGGGUCACAGCAGAGAGCUGGCUUGGAAGAGGGGCAACCGGGACAGAAUCCGGCACCCCAACUGGGACUAGAACCCAGUGUGCCGGCGCCGCAAGGUGGAGGAUUAGCCUAGUGAGCUGCGGCGCUGGCCAGGAUGGUUCUAUCUUAAAGAAGCCGAGUAAGUCAGAUGGGAGGGAGGAGAUAAAACAACAUGGGAAGAUUGAUAAUGGAUGGAGAAUAGAUAGGAGAUCACAACGGGAAUACCUAGGGGUUAGGAGGCCAUAAUUCCAAGCUUUCUGAACUUCAACUGUUCUGCUUUAUGGUCCUAGUAAGUAUAUCUCAAUACAUACUGGUAUUUUCCAAUAUUGGACCACUAAAUAUUGUCUCCAAACAUAUUAAAGUAUGUAGUGCCAUCUGUGAGACCAAUGAAUCCUGGCUUUGUUUGUGUCAAACACACAUACACACACAACUAUGGAAAAGACAUGUGUUCUAGCUGGACAGUUUACUGCAAAAUGCAACCCAUCAACUUGGAGCAGACACUAAGAGGCACCUCCAUUUUGAAGCAACCAUCCAAAAACAGUAGACAAGUCUACUAAUUUAUCUGUCAAAUUUGCUUAUUUGCCACGGGUUUCAUGUGUAUGGAAUUUAUUCAGGCGUUUCCAGGCAAGAGCCUUUGUCCUCAGAUCAUGAAGUUAGUGUGCAUUAGCUGUCAGGAAGUUAUGGAUUUUUUAAAUACAGCCUCAGGACCAAUAACAUUGAAAGCAGCUUCACCAAACACACACACUUUCACAGGAUGGUUGAUUAGUGCACAAAUUGCUAUUUGGGUUGGUAUGUGAAGGCCUAUUAGGAACACUAAUAAAUUUGAAAAAGACAGAAAUGGGGGGGGGCAAAUGUGACUUCAGUUCUCUACAAAUGGUCAGUGUAAUUGUUGAGGGAGGAUGAUGGCGUGGUGCUGGAGUGUUUGCAUGAUCGUCUAAAACCUUGGCCACACCCACUCUCCAGAGGCAGAUGAAGGAGCUUUGAGGAAGAUCAUAGAAGAGUCUGAAGAGAGAGUAGACAAUUAUCUUCCCAGACUGGUGUGCAUACCAACUUCUUGCCAAGAACAGGGGAUAGUCUGCGUCAGCCCUGGGAACCUGCAGAGGAGUGGUGCUGACAGCUCAGCACACUCGACUCCCAGCAAAACCCUGACCUAUUGACUGGUAGCAUCUCCUGUUGCCACAGUCACUGAUAUGAAAGGAGGGAUCAAUACUUUAAGUCUCACUGAUCUAUAGUGACAGUUACUUUUUAUGAUUAAACAGAAAUCUUUGCAGAGGGGUUUCCAGCUAGUGAGAUCAUUCUUAGUAACAGAGAAAGAUAAUGGGGUUAUACAAGGAUCCCUAAAGUGAUAUAAACCUAUGUAUUUCUCUGAUAAAUGUGCAACUACUAUCACCAUCAAAAGCUUUUGACUUCAAAUAAAGGAGAGGGGUGGGUUUUGGGCUAGUGGUUAGGAUGAUGAUUGGGAUGAUAUAGUGUCCUAUAUCAGCAUGGGUGGGUCUGAUGCCUGCCUCCAGUUCUUGACUCCAGCUUCCUGCUCUUGCGGUCCCUGGAAGGCCAUGGUGAUGGCUCAAGUAACUGAAUCCCGGCCACCCAUGUGGGAGCCCUGGAUUGAGUCUCUGCUCGUGGCUUCUGUCUGGCCCCAGUCUUGGAGGGCAUUUGGGGUUAGUGAACCAGCAGAUGGAGACUCUGUCUCUGCCUCUCAAAUGAAUAAAAAGUUUUAAAUAAAAAUUUUUUAAAAAGGAGGAAUUCUUCAAAAAUAGAUCCACUGCCAUAGAGCACUGGCCUCAAAUGAUCGAGCCAGUUACGUGAGAGUUGGAGUGUGAAUAAAUGCUUUCUUAUCUCUGCCAGGCUGAAAAGUAAGCAAGGAUACCUUUCUGUCUUGGAGAAAGAAUACCCCACAAAUCCAUAAACUGCUUUCUUAUCACAUGGUUUGGUCAAGUUUAUUGUUUAAGUAAGGGCCUUUUACCUUAGUCAAAACUGACAGAAUAAGCAAGAAUUUUUCUACUGAGUCUGAAUCCUGUGAGAACAAUGCUUGCAAAAUGUUCUAAGUUCUGUAAGUUCUGAGCCAUUUUACUAACUAACCAUUGUCUUUUUGUCAGGUGUCCUCAACAGUUACAAAUCUUACACAUUUUUAAGAAAUAUUUAUUUAUUUGAAAGAGUGAGAGGGAGAGAGGGAGGGAGGGAGGGAGAGAGAGAAAGAGAAAAUCGUCCCUUUGCUGGUUGCAAAAGCUGGGACUGGGCCAGGCAGAAAUCAGGAGCCAGGAACUCCAUCCAGGCCUCCCACAGGGGUAUCAGGGGUCCAAUUACUUGGACCAUCUUCUGCUGCCUUCCCAGGCACAUUAGCAGGGAGCUGGAUCAGAAGCUGGGUAGCCAGGAAUGGAACCGGCACUCCAAUAUAGAAUAUUGGUGUUGCAGGUGGCAACAACUUUGACAAGCUGUACCACAACACAGGUCCCCAGUUAUAAAGCUUAAGGAAAAGGAAAAAACAGCAACAACAAAUAGGAAUACAAUUUUUUCACUGUUUUUUCUUUGUAACUUUUACUUUUUAGUGAGUACCUACUAGGCCCUGUGCUAAAUAUUUUUACAUAAAUUACUUCAUCCUUUCUAUCCCAGAUGAUUUUGACUUCUCUAACACCACUCUUUUCAUAUUUGGUCAUUUCACUUAUGUCUAGUUUCAGUUUAAAAAAAAAACAAACUUGGCCGUUAUAGAAAACUUUAAAAUGAUCUUGGGCAAUAAAUUCUCUUGCCUGUUAUCUCUGACUCUUUGAAUGCAUGAAUUUUAAAAUUAUGUGUUAUAAUUAUCUAGUAAUUAUUAUAUCAUACAUUACAAAAUACUUGUACUAUAUUGUGCAUAAUAAAUUAUAUCAAUAUUUCCAAAAUAGGAAAUUUGUGCUAAUUUUGGGGGGGAGUGUUUGGUUUGAAGUUGAGCUUUUAAUUUACUGAAAAGACUGUCUUUAUUCAAAGAAUGUGAACAGAUAAGGAAAUGUUAGCCAUCUGUGAAGUCACGACUUACAUGCUAUGCAGACCCCGUGUCUAUGCAUCCGUGCACAUUUAUUGAAGAAUUUACUUGGAAAACUGUUCGAUUUUUCUUAUUUCUGCAUAGGUACUUGAAGUACUAAAGUCACAAAUAUGAAUACUUAAAAAUACACACUGUUUACUUGCUCAGUUACUUUUUCCCACUAACGCUUAGAAACAGCAAUACCACCAAAUGCUAUUAGAUUCUAGUGUUGUAAUAAGGGAAGUGCUUCAAAAAUUUCAGUAAGUGCUCCAUAAAAGAAAAGAAGAAACUGAGGAGGUACCUGGAGAGGGGAUACCAGAAUCAAGGGUAACUUUUUAAAAUCCCUGAAAAAUUUUUCAUUCUUCAUUUAUUUUUUAUUUUUCGUAUUGUUAAAAGAAUUCUUCCUUCCCCUUGAAAGGGAAGCUUUGGGAAGAUGUGCCACAUCUGUCUGGUGCUUUCGGGCCCCCCCCCCCUUCUCCUGGAUUCUGCAACCCUCCGAGGAGAAAGAGGUCAUUACAAUAUUCAUUCAAACUCCAACUGAGAUUCUUACUAAUAUUUUCACAAGAGGAAUGAGUCCAUUACUGUUCCAAUAUGUAUUUACCAUCUCCAAGAUACAUCACUUAAUUACGCAUUGUAUAAAAUGUUCUGUUGAUAUACUACCUAGAGCCAAAAACAUUGUACAUGAGAAGGAAGAAAUGGAAAUUAAUGAAUUAUUUUGUUUCCAAUUGAAUACCAAAAGUUGUUUACAACCAGGGAAAAAAUAUCACAAGACAGAGACAGCAUUGAUUGAAUUGAAUCUCUAAUGUACAAUUCAAAUAUUUAUUAAAUCUUUUCCUUACUUCUAAUGGUUAAUAUUUCAUCAAGUUAGCAAUGAGCGUGAAUCACAGACAGAAAUCAACUUAAAAACAUUGGCCCCUAUUCCUUGUGUCACAUGGGAACAGCCACCUGUAUCAGAGCAGUGCCUAUCGCAGGCGGGAGGCUUCCUUGCAAGUCCUCUCUAGGUGGUUAGCACUAGC